AGAAGCUCUUGUUGUAUUUCUUGUUAUCAAAACAAACUUUCUAAUAUUUUUUUUAUUUAAUUUUAAUUAUUUUAAUUAUGGAGCAAAAGUUCGCGUUGGCCACAAAAGUCUUUAACACAACACUGAAGCUGAAGAUUGAGAAUUUUACUGAGUACGAUGAAUGUAACAUAACGGAACUGACAUCGCAAACUGUUAAGUUUGAUGGAUUAGACAUAGAAUGGCAUUUUAAAGUCCUGAUGCGUGCUGAAAAGAUCUUGAUGUUCUCCAGAGAUGAUAAAUAUGUUGGAUUCCAGCUUGUCAUUGAGGAUAAGAAGCCACAAACAUCCAAAACUAUUCACAGUAAAAAGUUAUUUAAAGCUGAAGUCAAACUUGAACAUUCCGAGCACAAACAGACUCCAAGUCCAGUUAAUAAUCAUCAUAGUCAUCAUCAUAUAAAGCUGAAGCAUUUGACACUUAAUGAUGAGCCAGACACAAAACUUUUUGAUUACCAGGAAAUCACGGAUGGAAGUAAAAUUGUUCAUGAUGAUGGAUUUUGCUUUAAUGCACCAUCGUACUUAGAUGGCAAUGCCUUAGUUAUUAUUGUUAAUGUUUGGAUGAAGACUGCUGAGGUUGUUGAUUCUGCUAAGAAGCUAUAAGAGGGAAUUCA